AUGCUUGCUGGGGAGCGCUUGAGGAAGAGACUUGUUUUUGUUCGAGCAUUCAAAGCAGCGUACUACGGAGAGGAGUUCUUUUUCAGGGAUUGUGCAGAGACAGAGAGGGGGAUGUGGGCGCGGCUAAGCCUGCUCCUCGCUCUUGGCCUGCUCCAUGGGGGUUGGGCUGAGAGCGAGGGAGGGGGGCCACGCUGUCAGACGCCCCCCACCUGGACAAUCGGAGAGGUGGAGCCCAUGAGGGCAGCCAUGGGCAAGGCUGGCAGAAUGGACGGCCUGCGCCAGAAGCUGGAGAAGCAGGGUCUUCAGAACAUCGAGUACAUGGUCAUUAACCACCAGGGGGCACAAGCACAGCGCCUCCACUCCCUGUUGGCACAGAAGCUGACAGCAAACAUCACACUACACAAACAGGCAGAGGAUCAGCCCGAUGUGUGGCAGAUCCUGAAAGGAGCGAAGGAUGACUUCCUCAUCUAUGACAGAUGUGGACGCUUGACCAGCCAUAUUUCACUUCCAUAUUCCAUCAUAGGGCAGGGUCAUGUUGAGAAAGCGAUUCGAGACACCUACUGCACACGCAUAUGUGGAGACUGCACUUAUGAGACUCAGAGCUCGGUCACCCCAGAGGAGUGCAAAGAACGGGCAACUGAGGUUCAGCCGGACAUUGAGGCUAACCCAGCUGUGGAGCCGCUCCCAGAACAUCCCGGGCACCACCACCACGGGCACCAUCCCCCCGCUUUGGGCCGCCAUGACGGGCACGAGCAGCACCACGGCCAGCAGCAGCAAGUUAUCCAUCAGGGCCAGGGCGAUUUUGAUCUUAGCCAGAUGCAGCAGGUGGCACAGGUAGCACUGGAGCCUCAGGUUAUGCACAAACCCUGA